ACAUGUUUGUGACUGCUUCUUGUUAAAAUGUACACGCAUUGUGAAUUGCAGCUUAUUAGUCAAAACCACUUAAUUGGAAUCAAAAAUGAAUAAUAGAGCAGCCGGCUGGAUUUAACUCGGUGGUUCCCAGCCUCUUUUGAAGACGUUCCCCCUAACAGCCCUCUCAGAUGACUCAAGUACCCCUUCAUCAUCCGCAACGUCCCCCGUCAGACGCGGUAUGAAGAGACGGAGCCCAUAUUGCCUGGGACGAGAGCCAGCUGUGUCAGAUAGGAGAGAGGAAAGAAAGCAACACCGGGCUUCAAAGCUGCAUCUAAUCACACACUACAAAGGGGUGGCUGAGGCUCCUGCUCCACACAAGAACAGGAAUGUGGACCCCGAACGCAACGGACGCCGUCACAGAGAGCUAAAAGCAUCCUGGCGAGCUGCGAUGGGACACGGUGAGGCGGCGGACGCGAGAAGACGUCUCCGCAGUCGUUCCUUUCAGUUGCACCAACGCUAGACGGUAGAGAAGGCCAUCAUCUUGAGGUUAAUGUCUGUUGUGUCGCGGAGGCAGCCUCACGCUGCGCCGCCAGGUCCGAGACAACCCAUGGAGGCGUGGCCUCGACGUUUCCAGCGCUAACGCCAGCCGAGUUUAACAGCGAUGCCUUCUAAGGUCUCCUGCUUGUACUUGCUGACCGUGGUUUGCUGGGCCAGCGCUCUGUGGUACCUGAGUGUGUCCCGCCCCUCUAGCUCCUACGGGGGCCAGCUGACCAUCCCCAUACGCAAAGCGGCCAAGGCGGGCAAGAACGGCACCUUCAGCAACAUCCGCACGCGCUCGCUCAACCCGCACGACUUCGACUACCUCAUAAACGAGGCCAAGAAGUGCGAGGCGGAGCCCCCCUUCCUCGUCAUCCUGAUCAGCACCACCCACAAGGAAUUCGACGCCCGCCAGGCCAUCCGGGAGACAUGGGGCGACGAGAGCACGUUCCCGGACGUGCGCGUGAUCACGCUCUUCCUGCUGGGCCGCAGCACCGACGUCGUCCUCAACCAGAUGGUGGAGCAGGAGAGUCAGAUCUUUCACGACGUCGUGGUGGAAGACUUCAUCGACUCGUACCACAACCUGACGCUCAAGACGCUGAUGGGCAUGCGCUGGGUGGCCACGUUCUGCGCCAAGGCCCAGUAUGUCCUCAAAACCGACAGUGACAUCUUUGUCAACAUGGAGAACCUCAUCUUCAACCUCCUGAAGCCCACCACCAAGCCCAGGAGGAGGUAUUUCACCGGCUACGUCAUCAACGGCGGGCCGAUCAGAGACAUGCGCAGCAAGUGGUACAUGCCAAGGGACCUCUACCCCGAGAGCAAGUACCCGCCCUUCUGCUCCGGCACGGGCUACGUGUUCUCGGCGGACGUGGCCGAGCUCAUAUACCAGACGUCUUUACACACCCGGCUGCUGCACCUGGAGGACGUGUACGUGGGCGUGUGCCUCCGCAAGCUGGGCAUCCACCCGUUCCAGAACAGCGGCUUUAACCACUGGAAGAUGGCCUACAGCCUUUGCCGCUACCGCCGGGUGGUCACUGUCCACCAGAUCUCCCCCGAGGAGAUGCACCGCAUUUGGAACGACAUGACCAGCAAAAAGCACCUGAAAUGUUAGCAGGACCGCUUAGCUCUGGCGCCGGUGGGAGGAACAGAACGUCCUCUAAUCACCGGCGUCUCCAUCAUUGGUAAAUACUUUUCAGCACUGAGCUGAAGGAGCUACUGACAAAAGCAUCCUUGGACUUUGUCCAGGCGCUGAUUGCUUUGCAAGGAGUCUCUAUAGUGCAAGGCCAAAGCAAACUCCUCUGUAUUCUAUGUGCUUUCUCAUUCCAAGAUGUUCAAGAGCUCAGACUCACAAAACCACAAAGUUGGAAACACGUUCCCCCCCCAAAAAAAAUUGCAAAAUGUUGCGUUUGUUGGUUGUCAUUGCCAGCAGCACUAUGUUUUUUACAGGAAAACACACAACAGGAAGCUCAGAGGCUUGUAUUUGAGUACUCAUUUAUACCAGACACAAACUGUCCCCUAUUGCUAAACUGCAGAUUACACAAACACACUCCUUUGAACCCAGACGUUCGCCUCUAAGGGGUCGAACGCUAGCUCUAAUCAUGAAUGUCCCUCAUGUUAUUUUCAGUUGUCGUGCUUUCCCAGCGAGGUGUAAAUGUUGGAUGUAGCGUCUGGCACCGCAGCAGCAGCCGUCGUCAUCAUGAGGACCGUGGUGAGUUUACAGAGAGAUCACUCGUUUCAAAUAGGCUGCCAACACAUGUUGCUCUUGGAAAGCAGAGGAGCAUUAAUGCCUGUAGUAUUCUUUUCAGAACCAGACAUAUUUUCUAUCAACGGAGCCACAGAUCCACGGAUCUUUGUUCGGUGUAAUGAAAAAAAGAAUCCGGACGGCGAGCUUAGAUACCGGCGGCUCGCAUUCCAAAGUGAAUGUCACUUCUGUUAGCGUGUAACGUGCCGUUAUUUGUCCCAGGCAGUGCUGUGAGAAGACUAUUAUAUUUUCUAUUACUUGAACACGAUGGAGAACAGAUGUACUGUUCGCACAGUGAGGACAAAUAAAACACUUUUGAGUGCUUUCUUUUCAAUAACUUGAGAUUAAAAUAAAGCGCUUUUGUAAGACUUGAUCUUGUAUUUAUUACCGAGGAGAAAAAAAAAAAAGAAAUGAAUGUUUUGAUUCCUCUGCAUUUAUUACACACAAUCUGUGAGUGAACA